AAUCAGUGUAGACCUUCAACAUAGAAACUUCUUUCAAGGUUUCCUAAAGAGGCGAGGGGGUGUGGAGGUGGUAGAGGUGUGGAAUGUAAGUGGAGAUGGAGGUGGAGUAGGUAGAGAGGAAAUGGAAGUUGAAUGUGGAGGUAGAGAAUUAGCAGAAAAGAAAACUGUUAAUCAAAAUAACAAAUCAUUAGUAAUAGAAUAUUAG